CAUCUUCAACUUUGAUUCUUCAGACUUCUCUUGUUCCUUCAGUUUCAGUUAUUUAUCACUUUUCUAUUCACUCAUAGAGGUACAAAAGGUGAUGAAGAAGAGUUUGGGACUGGGAGUGCAAUAAUCUCAAUGGCUGCCAUGUGCUGUAACCUGACCCAAGCUUCUGGUUUCAAGAAACUCAAUGAGUACCUACAGAUGCAGAGCUACUUCAAAAGGUGCCAUCAAGGUUCCAAAAGGUCAACAUGUAGCGUUGAAAAAGUCUUCCAUAGGAGAUAUAGAGGACAGUUGCAAGUUAAAAGAAGGAACCAAUACCUGCAUGUGCCUUGUGCAAGAGGAGAGAAGUUAUCCUCUUCUAGCUUUGAAGAUGUUGGAGAGGAAAUUCAGGAGCAUAUUUCAAUGAAAACAUUGAUUUGGAGGGCAAUAAAGUUGCCAAUUUACUCUGUUGCUUUCGUUCCUCUCACUGUAGGCAGUGCAGCAGCUUAUUUGCAGACAGGCAUCUUCUCAGCUAGAUGUUAUUUUGUCCUCUUGGCUUCUUCAGUUCUUGUUAUUACCUGGCUCAAUUUAAGCAAUGAUGUUUAUGAUUUUGACACUGGAGUUGACAAGAACAAAAAGGAAUCAGUUGUAAACCUGGUUGGUAGUCGUACUGGAACCUUCAUUGCGGCCUACUUAUGCCUUGCUCUUGGCUUCGGUGGGCUUUCUUGGACUGCUUUUGUGGCAGGAAAUCUGCGUUCAAUAUUGUUUCUUGCUUGUGCAAUUAUUUGUGGCUAUAUAUAUCAGUGUCCACCAUUUCGGUUAAGCUACCGGGGGCUGGGAGAGCCCUUGUGCUUUGCAGCAUUUGGUCCUUUUGCCACAAGUGCCUUUUAUUUAUUACAGGGCAGUGCAAGUGUGAUGAACAAUUUACCCUUAGGUGGAACAGUUCUUUCAGCAUCAAUUCUUGUUGGCUUCACAACUUCCCUCAUCCUGUUUUGCAGUCAUUUCCAUCAGGUUGAAGGAGACAAGGAAGUUGGGAAAAUGUCACCUUUGGUUAGGCUUGGCACUCAAAGAGGUGCAGAGGUAGUGAAAGUGGCAGUCUUGAUGCUCUAUACUCUUUUGGUUGCUUUUGGUCUAAGCAAGGCACUUCCUCUCACUUGUAUUUUCCUUUCUGCAUUGACCUUGCCGAUGGGAAACCUGGUAAUUAGAUUUGUCCAAGACAAUCACAAGGACAAAAACAAAAUUUUCAUGGCUAAGUACUUCUGUGUGAGGUUGCAUGCUUUGUUUGGAGUUGCACUGGCUUCUGGACUUGUACUGGCUAGAAUGGUUAAUACAACAUUUACAUCAAGACCAAUAUUCAGUUGAAGAUUGGCUUUAGAGGAUCAAGGAUGCAAGCCUGUGUGGUGCAAGAGUAAUGUUUUGGGUCAUGAACACUUUUUGUGCAUAGUUUUGAAACAGUUUUCAUUAUCUUCCCCUUCGCUUGGCCAAAUGAGCUUGAAGAAACUGUAUGAUACUGAUACCAAUCUAGAGUUUUGAGGAGCAAGUUUACCACAUCAAUCAGAACAGGUCAGGAGCUGGUUCCAAUACCUAGGGGACCCACUCUAACUUUAUUGUUAGCAUUAAUAGAAAGGCAGCAUUUGCUGCUAGGAAUUUUGUUUGAAAUCAGAACACUUGCUAAUGAUGAGACAAUUGCAUUCUCGGAAAACUAAAUCUCUGCUGGUGAUUCUUUUACAUUCCCGAAGAAAUUUUACAAAUUAGUACAAUGAAAAUUGGAUUUACCAUUUUUUUUUUGGAAAUAUUCCAAUCGGUUCAUUGCUUCGCAACUAAUCGAUUCAGAGCGGGUCCAGGAUUAAGGCUUUAAACCCCUCCCAAAGGCGGUACUAGGGAGAUUCAAACACAUGCUCUCAUUCCCACCUGCUUAGCUUUUAUGCGCCAACUGAGCUACCACCGUUUGGUUGGAUUUACCAUAUUAGGUGUAAAAUUUUGCAGCUAUCCUUGUAAUGGAGUUAAAGAGCGAAAUG